AACAACAUCUAUUUCAGGGCCAUUGGAGUCUGCAUCCUACCCAGAGCGAGAUGUGCCACCAGCGGUUUUUCAUCUCUUGGUUUUCCCUGGUUUUGCUAGCAUCUCCCCUCGUGGCCAUAUGGGAACUGAAGAAAGAUGUUUAUGUCAUAGAAUUGGAUUGGUACCUGGAUGCCCCUGGAGAAAUGGUGGUUCUCACCUGUGACACCCCUGAAGAAGACGGUAUCACCUGGACCUUGGACGAGAGCAAUGAGGUCUUAGGCUCUGGAAAAAAACUGAUCAUCCAAGUCAAAGAGUUUGGAGAUGCAGGCCAGUAUACCUGUCACAAAGGAGGCGAGGCUCUGAACCAUUUGCUUCUGCUGCUUCACAAAAAGGAAGAUGGAGUUUGGUCCACUGAUAUUUUAAAGGACCAGAAAGAACCCAAAAAUAAGACCUUUCUAAGAUGCAAGGCCAAGAAUUAUUCUGGACGUUUCACCUGCUGGUGGCUGACGACAAUCAGUACUGAUUUGACAUUCAGUGUCAAAAGCAGCAGAGGCUCUUCUGACCCCAGAGGGGUGAUGUGCGGAGCACCUAUGCUCUCUGCAGAGAGGGUCAGAGGGGACAGCAAGGAGUAUGAGUACUCGGUGGAGUGUCAGGAGGACAGUGCCUGCCCAGCCGCUGAGGAGAGGCUGCCCAUUGAGGUCAUGGUGGAUGCCGUUCACAAGCUCAAGUAUGAAAACUACACCAGCAGCUUCUUCAUCAGGGACAUCAUCAAACCUGACCCACCCAAGAACUUGCAGCUGAAGCCAUUAAAGAAUUCUCGGCAAGUGGAGGUCAGCUGGGAGUACCCUGACACGUGGAGUACUCCACAUUCCUACUUCUCCCUGACAUUCUGCGUUCAGGUCCAGGGAAAGAGCAAGAGAGAAAAGAAAGACAGAGUCUGUGUGGACAAGACCUCAGCCACGGUCAUCUGCCGCAAAAAUGCCAGCAUUAGCGUGCAGGCCCAGGACCGCUACUAUAGCUCAUCUUGGAGCGAAUGGGCAUCUGUGCCCUGCAGUUAGGUUCCAAUCCCAGGAAGAAAAUUUGAAGGAAAACUGGAAGAUAUUAAGCAAUAUGUUUAAAGACAGAAUGGAAUUGACCCAAAAAGAUAUUUUCUGUCUGAUUUGCUUAAAAAAACUUUUUUAGGGUCACAAUGAUAUCUUUGCUGUAUUUGUAUAACUAGAUGCUAAAUACCCAUUGAAACAAUCAGCUAAUUUAUGUAUAGAUUUUCCAGCUCUCAAAUUGUCAUGGACCUUCAUGCUAUUUAAAUAUUUAAGUAAUUUAUGUAUUUAUUAAUUUGUUACUGUGAUUUAACAUUUGUGUGCCAGGACGUAUUCAAUGUUUCAUACUCUCAUGACCUGAUCCAUCAGGGUCAGUCCCUAUUAUGCAAAAUUUGAAUUUAAUUGUAUUUAUACUGACAACUUUUCAAGCAAGGCUGCAAGUACAUCUGUUUUAUGACAAUCGGGAAGAACACAGUGUCCUGAUACCAGUGCCAUCAUAUAUUAGUGAUGGAUGGGAACACAAGAGAUACUUAAAUAGAAACCUGACGAUGCAAACCUGUUGAGAAGAUCCUGGAGAAGAAGAUGCUGGGAUGCUAGUUCUCAUGUCUGUGAAGACUUCCUGGAGGUGGUGGUGAUAAAGCAAUUUAGGGCCACUUGCACUUCUAAGCAAGUUUAAUCUUUGGAUGCCCGAAUUUUGAAAGGGCUAAAAAAAAGGCUGGGAAACAUAGCAAGACCCCCGUCCCUACAAAAAAUUUAAAAAUUAUGCAGGCAUGGUGGCUCAUGCUUGUGGUCCCAGCUAUUCAGGAGGAUGAGGCAGGAGGAUCACGUGAGCCCAGGGUGUCAAGGCUAUCAUGAGCCCUGAUUGCAUCACUGCACUCCAGCCUAUGUGACAAAAUGAUACCCAGUCUGGGAAAAAAAAAAAAAAAAAGAUUGAAAUUAAAACUCAGCUUUCAAUGGCAGUCCUUACCCCCACCUCUCUACAAUACACAUGAGGAUGACACAAAAACACGUUAAGUGUCUGGAAGGCAAAACGAUUUUAAGAUUCAAGAGAGAGGACAAGUAGUUAUGGCUAAGGACAUAAAAUCAGCAGAAUUGCAGGUGGCUUCUUAACAGCCAUGUGAGAAGCAGACAGAUGCAGAGAAAAUCUGGAAUCCCUUUCUCAUUAGUAUGAGCGAAGCUGAUAUGCAGUUAUGACCAGAAAGUAUUACUCCAUGAAGUUGCUAUUUUAAGUAACGUAUGUGCUUUCUGUAAAGUGAUUAUGUCUGUUUUCUGUUUAUUUAUUUAUUUAUUUUUGCAUUCUGAGGCUGAACUAGUAAAAACUCUUCUUUGUAAUCAUAAUUUGGGCUUUCUCAGCUGAUUUGUGUAUUCUGCUUGCAAGUCUACUAGGGGUGCAUUUUUCCCCUAUCAUUUAAGAAUUGCCCUUUCUUGGAGUGAUCCCAUUCUAAAUUUUGCAGAGUUGCUCUUUCCCCUUAUAGUAUUUCCAAAGUCAGUGUCUUUCUGAACUCAGGGGAUGUCCCUAUAAUCUGACCAGGAAGGAUCCUUUGUAAGGGCACCAAACUGCAUUGUGCCUUCUUUACAGGUGGAUGCUCUCACUUCUUCCACCCUUUGUCCUGAAAUCGACUACUAGUUUCCCCAGAAUCAUAAAAUAAAACUCUAACCUGGUACAGCCACGGACAUCUCAGCUCUUAGGUCCAGCUCUAGUAUUUACUGAGGGUUUGCAAUACAUAUGGACCUCUGCUAGCCCUUGGGGUUGGGAAGUUUCAAAAAGCCUUGCAUUGCAUCUCCCAAACAGUGCGCACUCCUGACACUGCUUAUGAGACAAGGAUGAAAAGUUAACUUCACUACCAUUAAACGCUAAAAUG